GGGGACGGGAAGUCAGGCCGCCUCCCAUUCACUAUAAAACCUCCCGGUCGGACCAAGCUCUUCCUCUUUCUGUUACCUGGCUAAGGGGCAGCAGCUUUGGCCGUGAAAACCCAGAAACACCGAAACUACAACAAUGGGAAAGGAAAAGACCCACAUUAACAUCGUGGUCAUCGGCCAUGUCGACUCCGGCAAGUCCACCUCCACCGGUCAUCUGAUCUACAAAUGCGGUGGAAUCGACAAAAGAACCAUCGAGAAGUUCGAGAAAGAGGCAGCUGAGAUGGGCAAGGGCUCCUUCAAGUACGCCUGGGUGUUGGACAAACUGAAGGCCGAGCGUGAGCGUGGUAUCACCAUCGACAUUGCUCUGUGGAAGUUUGAGACCAGCAAGUACUACGUGACCAUCAUUGAUGCCCCUGGACACAGAGACUUCAUCAAGAACAUGAUCACUGGUACCUCUCAGGCUGACUGUGCCGUGCUGAUUGUUGCUGCUGGUACCGGUGAGUUUGAAGCUGGUAUCUCCAAGAACGGUCAGACCCGUGAGCACGCCCUGCUGGCCUUCACACUUGGUGUCAAGCAGCUCAUUGUUGGAGUGAACAAGAUCGACUCCACCGAGCCCCCUUACAGCGAGCCUCGUUUUAAUGAGAUCAAGAAGGAAGUGAGCACUUACAUCAAGAAGAUUGGCUACAAUCCUGCCGCAGUUGCCUUUGUCCCCAUCUCUGGCUGGCAUGGUGACAACAUGAUCGAGGCAUCCUCAAAGAUGCCCUGGUACAAGGGAUGGAAGAUUGAGCGUAAGGAGGGCAACGCUUCAGGUGGUACCCUGCUGGAGGCUCUGGAUGCCAUCCUGCCUCCCAGCCGCCCCACCGACAAGGCCCUCCGUCUGCCCCUGCAGGAUGUCUACAAAAUUGGCGGUAUUGGAACUGUCCCCGUUGGUCGUGUUGAGACUGGCAUUCUUAAGCCCGGUAUGGUUGUCACCUUCGCUCCUCCCAACCUGACCACUGAGGUCAAGUCCGUUGAAAUGCAUCACGAGUCUCUGCCGGAGGCUGUCCCUGGUGACAACGUUGGCUUCAACAUCAAGAACGUGUCCGUCAAGGAAAUCCGUCGUGGCUUUGUGGCUGGUGACAGCAAGAACGACCCACCCAAGGGUGCUGCUAGCUUCACCGCACAGGUCAUUGUCCUGAACCACCCUGGCCAGAUCUCUGCAGGUUAUGCACCUGUGUUGGACUGCCACACUGCUCAUAUUGCCUGCAAGUUCAAUGAGCUUGUCGAGAAAAUUGACCGUCGUUCUGGCAAAAAGCUUGAGGACAACCCCAAGUUCGUCAAAUCUGGGGAUGCUGCCAUUGUGAACAUGAUUCCCCAGAAGCCCAUGGUGGUUGAGUCAUUCCAGGAGUAUCCUCCCCUUGGUCGUUUUGCUGUGCGUGACAUGAGGCAGACGGUGGCUGUUGGUGUCAUCAAGUCUGUUGAGACUAAGGAAGUUACCGGAAAGACAACCAAGGCUGGAGAGAAGGCCCAGAAGAAGAAAUGAAUGGAUGUGCAGGACAUCCAGCAAAAAGAUGUGUGCCGGCAUCAGCGGGCCACACCUUCCCCAAUACCUUCCUCCAACCCUGGAUCAUCUUCUCUGAGGCACAGCUCUGUACUCAAGGACUGGCUUAUGCUGAUUAAAACCCAUCGCAAAAGUUUUCGCAGGAAAAACAAGCUCUGUGGCAUUGUCACUUACCUGAAUGACAUGGCAGUGCCCCCUCUCAGUUAAGUUUAAGUUGGAAAUGGUUUAGAACUGUAUCUCAAAGUUAAAAUGCCACAAAUUGGAAAGGAAGCUGCUGGUAACUAAUAAAAUAAAUAUCUCUGAAAAAAU